AUGAAAUUUAGGAGAUCAGUGCUGUCUCUGCUAACGCUGGUGCCAAUUGUGCCGCUAACUUCUGCUACAUGGUCAACUUUGUACUCAUCAAACUCCUCAACAGCUUAUGUGUAUACUGACGAUGGAUUUUUGUACACCUUUCCUACCAACACAUCAACAUUUUCUGUUGCACAAGCUCAAUCUAUGUUUGUCCAAAUAUCCAGUCCGCCGACCAAUUCAACCCUUGUAAUCGAUGAAAAUUCCGACACCUUAAUGGCGGUAUAUGGAACGUCAGGGUGUGGUACUUCUCCCAUCAAUAUUGCAACUUACGAUUCAGAUAAGAAUAAAUGGACAAAGAUCACCUCUUCAUCUGAUAAUUGGUACCUAGAUAUGCCAACUGUAUGGGCCCAACCACAGACCAGCGUUAUAUAUAUUUUUGGAGGUUAUUGCCAAUCCACAAACGAUAUCUCACACUCGUUAUAUGCCUAUAAUACUACAUCCGGUGAAUUUCUAACUCCACCAAACCAAAACUCUCCAACAGACUUAUAUGCCGCAGGUGUCACAGCUAUCGAUUCAAGUACAUUUUUAUUGGUUGGAGGAAAAGCCCCAAAUGGCUGGAUCAGUAUGAACCAAGUAGCAGUUUGGGAGUAUAACUCGUGGACCUUUCGAACCACUGGAAACUCAGACAAUAUUGACUCACGGACAAAUCCAUUAGUGAUUCCAAUAUGGGCAGAUAAUAUGCAGAAUUCUGCAUCCUCAGUACUUGUUCUAGGUGGUUCGGUCAAUGGAAGAGCUGCUCAACCCUAUGCUGUUAACUUGACUUUGGGGAAUGGAUGGGAGUGGUCCAACUCAUCCCUUGAAUCUGUACUAGAUCCAUCUGACAUUGAUGGGGCUAUGGCUAUUGGAACCGCUCUAUUAACAUUGUCUAAACCAUCGCAAUCGGCCAAGCUGCAAGUAAAUAUUUACGAGCUGGACACGGGUAAACUUUUGAACUCUGCACAAGGGUUCCCCACAGUUACACCAACUCCGCUUCCUACACAAACAGUCACGGUAUCUACAGAGCAGACUGCUUCCACGGUGCCUACGGCGCUACCAGCUAGCAAAUCACUUUCCAAAGGGGGUGUUGCUGCUGUGUCAACUGUUGUACCGAUUGCGGCACUUUGUGCCCUUGGUGCUGCUGCUGGCUUGUUUUACGUUCGUAGACGUAAAAGAAAUAACGACAAAAUUCGCACCAUGCAUUUGUCACCUGCUCCAUCUAUGGGUGAUUUUAUCAAUGCUCCGUUAGCCCAUAACAAUGACUCUUGGUAUAGUAUCGGAGGUGAUACUGCUUCUAUCAACUCAUGGAAUGAGAAGAGAGCGAUGUAUGAAGAAAAUGUUAACAGACACUCUACUUUAUCUCAAACAACUGCUAAAGAGCCCAAUACGUUUCAGUCACCGCCCCAAAGUCCAGUGACAACUAAUGUCGUUACUGCAUACCAGAACGACGAGGAUAACAUUUUCGAGGGCCGUGAUGUGCAAAUUCUGGUUUCAUCGCUAAGACGAACUCCCUUGAGAGUGGUAAAUCCAGACGAAGAGAGUCAAAAGUCACCAGCUGUUUCUAGAUCUGGCUCUACAUUUGAACCAGCGAAAAAGUCAGCAAAAAUUGAGUCCACUUUUGUAUUUAACGAUAGCUUAGUCUCGCGAGCAUCUUCUCUGAAUGAAGGCGGACGCCAGAACCGAAGUCAAGUUCAUGUUCACAAGCGAAACCUCUCCAAUAUCUCCAGCUCGUCGGAAACGUCGUCGCAUUAUACACAGCGGUCAACGUCGGGAACGCUAAAUCGUAGAAUUCCCUCCAACCAUACUACUUAA